AUGGUGAACGGCUACUGUGAAGUGGGCGACCGGCAUGGUCGCGCGGCUGAGGAGGAUGUGACGGGAUGCUUCUCGUCCGACCGCAACUAUUCCGACCUCAGGCGAUGGCGUGCAACUCGAAUUCCUCUCGCACGGCUGCUGUUUGUCUCACGACGGAGGCAUGGAUUCGACGUGGCCGGAGUAGACGGAGGCUUCCAUCUGGAUCGAGUCGUUUUUGGGGCCGACGGCGUCGGGAGGGAGAAGGCAGAUAUGUGGGAGGGUGAUGACGCCGAAGACGGCGAAAGAAGACAGAGAUUCCUGGAAUUCGAGGUUGAAGAAGAAGAUUUCUGGGUUGGCGCCGUCACCGGAGGGGGCGGGGAGGGAGAGCUCGGAUUUGGCGUGGAGGUGCUUCGAGUCGAAGAAUAUGAGGGCGUGGAAGGGGCGGGGGUGGGGAGGGAGAGGAUGUGGCGGAGGAGGUCGUCGGAGAGGCGGAUGACGCCAAUGGGGGAGCCUGAUCGGAGGGCGGCGAGCUCGGGGACGACGGUGUCGGGGGAGCCCACGGUGGCACGGGGAGCGUUGGAGACGGUCUAA